AUAACACCCCCUAAGGUUUGUGUUGCGACAUUUAGCUAGGGUUAGAAUGAUGAUGAAUUUCCGCCGCAUCGCAGCAGGUUCUCUUCAUCUCUUGCAGAAGUCCGCAACGCGUCCCGCUCUGUUUCCCAAACCCUCGGAUUCUGGCGUCAUCGCUCGUCUUCGAUGGACGACAAGGGCUCUUUCUACAACGGAAUCUGCUGAGACGGCGGCGGCGGCAUCGGUCUUUUCUAGCAAAGACAACCUCAUGAGCCGGGUGAAUAGCCUUCACAAGGAAGGCAAAGAUGAACUCGCCCUACAUCUCUUUGACUCUAUGGAUGCGAACAAGGUUGAAUUUACUCCCUCCGAGUUUGCACUUUAUAUUGAGAUCCUUGCUAAGGUCAAAGGCUUAGGAUGUGCUUUUAAGUACUUCAAAAAAGUAGACCCAUACUUCAACAAUCAAGACCAUCAUGCCAGGAAUUGGCCUACCUACGCCACGCUCGUGCGUCUGCAAUGGGAACACCUCAGAAAAGCUGGGCUAAGGCCACUCACCCUUUCUUGUGAUGACAAGUCUUCUGGGAGCAAACUCCAUGCGAAUAUGAAGCGCAUGGAUAUCUCUGCGCCCCCCGCCCCGAAACUGACCCACAGCACAGCGCCCAUUCGCUUUGGGGGCGGGAAGGCUAUUUCCGUUCGUGGUACUUACCGACUAAGUUCUAGCGGUUUGCGUCUUAAAAAUGAAUAAAGACGACUAAGUUCUAGCGGUUUGUGUCUUAAUAAUGAAUAAAGCAGGUUCUUUCAUUUAAAGCUUUUCAAUUACGGCUUUACCUUUUAAAGCUUUUCAAUUAUUGUAUCUUAGUUGUGAUUUCAUGACGUUUGCUUGCCUAUAAGCUAUGAUGAAUAGCGUUUGUUGUAUGUUGGAAGAAUCUGGUUUAAUAAAUAGUUAUGUUUAUUUUAUCA